AUGGAAGGGAACAAACGGCUCAUGCAGGUCAUCCACGAAAUGCGCUCUGAGAUCAUCAAACUAGAGAGAGAAAAUAGAGCCCUCCGUGGGGAGCUUAAAUUCAGUGGGCAAAGGGGAGCAAAGCAAGAGGAAGGGGCAGGAGAAGAAACCCGAAAGGAGGACGACGCAGCUGAAAAGGUCGCUGGCUCUCCAGUGGCUCUGCGCAGGAAUGUCUCAGCGGGCUCAGGUCUGACACUACAGGAGCAGAAAGGUAACAUUAUGACUGUCAGGCGUUAUUCCAUCUCUUCAUCUGUGCCUUCACUUUCUGGGAACAAACACCACAAACUCGACAAGAGGAAUCCAUUCAAGGGAGCCCUUGAAGUCAAGGGAAUAAUCAAACCAGCAGCCCUUCCCAAGGAUGUGCAACAAACCAAUAAAGAAGAGAAAGGGAAUAAAGUAAAGGCUGUCAGUUUCUUGUUACCAGUGGACAUGUCACCUAAUUCAGAAAAUCAAGGCUCUUUCACAUGCCCCCCAAAUCAGAACACAAAACAGUUAAGUACCAUUAUGGAAAAGGAUGUGUGA